AUGCCCAACAACGGCGACACAUCCAAUUACACCUCUGUGUUCCGCCUGACGCCAUUGGGUGACCCCCAUCGCAAGGUGAUCAAGCGCAACCGGCAGGUCGUCUCGUGCGUGCCAUGCCGCACCCGGAAACUGAAGUGCGACCGCCAGCAGCCAUGCAAUUCCUGCGUCAAGAGGAGCGAUGCUGUCUCGUGCAGGUUCUUUGGAGCCUCCGGCGCCGCUAGCGUGGGGGCUCAUUCUCCGUCUGUGCCUCGGAAGCAAAUGCAGAUCAGGCUGCAGCAGUUGGAGGACCUCGUCAACGGGAUGAUAACGGAGUCGGGCGAUUCGGCAGCGAAGGACACGAGUCGCGCGACACCCUCGGCAGAGGGACCACAGCUGGCCGUAUCGACCUCAAGCCGUGAUGAAGCCGUGUCGCCGGGGCAGUCCUCGGCUCAAGAACAGCUGGGCAGUGAGGGUAACAACGUGCGAUAUGCUGGAGGCACUAGUUAUGCCGCUGUUCUCGAGUGUAUUCACAAUCUCCAGGAGAUCGUGGACGAGGAAGCCCCUGACUACUUGUCGGCCAGUUCUCAGCAUCUGUCUCGACCUGGAAGUCAGCAUGAGGCCCGAGAAGGGCAACAACAACAGGAGCCUGUUUCUGCUCAGUCUUACGAAUCUACAACACCACUUACGGUGCAGCAGAUCAUGGAUUGCUUGCCAUCAAGAACAGAGUGCGAUAAAAUCCUCACAUUCUACUUCCAACAGGUCUACAUCAUCCCGAUGGCUAUACACUCUGGCCAGUUUCAGCGGGCAUACGAAGCAUUCUGGAAAGAACCCAACAGUACCAGUCGGCUAUGGAUAAGCGCGCUAUUCUCUGUUUUGUCAACCGCUGUCUUUCAGCAAGCCUCGAAAGCUGCCGGCUGUGAAGGCCUCGGCGAAGCGGGGAUUCAAGAUGCAGAAGCCAAAGAAAGGAUUGAAUUGUACAGCAGCAUGGCAUAUCGUUGUCUUGUCGCUGGUGACCACCUUCUAGGGAAGCCGUAUUCUGUUGAGGCUGCACUCCUCUUUGUCAUGCACCUCGUCCUGCAGAAACGGGACACCGACCCGAUGUGCUGGCAUACCUUUGGCACUGCCAUUCGACUGGCCCAACGAAUGGGAUAUCACCGAGACCCGUCCUAUCUGAAUCGAAACAGCAACAUGAAGAUCUCACCCUUCGACGCUGAAAUGCGCCGAAGGACCUGGUAUACACUUGAACACCUGGACAUUUCUUUUGGAUUCCUACUCGGAAUUCCACCUGUCAUCCAUGGCGACGAUGUUGACACGCAGCUCCCUUCGAACCUGCGCGACGAAGAAUUCAGCGAGCACAGCAAAUCGCUACCACCAUCAAGGCCAGCCUCAGACUUUACACCAGUUCUGUCGUAUAUUUUCUACGCCAGACAGGUGCAAGUUCUUCGCCGGAUCGUCAGGCAGGCCAUAGCCAUCGCUCAGCCCUCUUAUGGCGACGUAAUCAGCCUCGACGCCGAUCUACGUAGUUUGCACGAUGAUGUGCCGCCUAAUCUUCGCUACAGGCCGAUACGGGAAAGCAGUUUCGCCGAUGCCCCUGACAUAAUAGUGCGCCGCAUGAUACUUGAGAUCAUGCACCUCAAAGGCAUGUGUGUGCUGCACAGGCGCUAUCUGACCCUGGGGAGGGAAAAUGCCGUCUACGAUCGGUCAAGAGAGGCAUGCCGUGAUGCGUCGCUAAAAUUGCUAGAUUUGCAUGCUGAGUUUGAUCAGCAGAGCGGUGAUGGAGGGAGAUUGUACGAAAAGAGGUACAUGGUGACGAAUGCUGGUUUCCAUGUCUUCCUCUUAGCGGCCAUGUGUCUUUGCCUUGACCUGGUGGCAAGCUUUGGGAACAGUAAACAACCGUUCCACGAUCAUGCGGUCUCUGCCCUGAAGCGGGCACGCACAAUAUGGGGCCGAACAGCCAACGCCUCCAAGGAGUCGGCUCACGCAACAAAGAUUCUUGAUACUAUUCUCACUAAAGUCUCACCACCCGAAAGAGUCUCAAGCCCACAGAACAGCGACAAGUACCGCUAUAAUGCGGCCGCAGCUGCGCCAACCUCGGCGAGGAGCCCUCAUUCAAGCUCACCAUCCGAGCAACCUGACACACCAGCGUCCAGCUGGUCAGCAGUAAACAACAAGGCCCCUUCGGCCGGCACAGCAACCAGAAGGGGCUUUUCCGUGGCAUGGGACUUUGGAAUGGACGCAUUUCAUUCCGGGCGCACGAGGAACCGAGACUCGGAUGAUCCGAUAGACAUGGCCGUAAACGGUGACAUGGACUGGAAUGAACUCGAUUCGUUUAUCCUGGACCGUGAGCAUAUUGGAAGCACUACUGCUACGUCACCUGUGCCUACAGCCGCGGAUGAAAACCCCAGGGAAGGAUGGCCCUAUAUCGAGCGCGGUGGCAGGAAAGCCAGAGAGAACUGGCCAUACCCGCAGUAUGAUCACAAUGGCGGAUCUACUGAAUCGAGUACCAUGAGUUUCCGCACCUGGGCGAGGGGCGGGACGACGUUGGGCGGCUUUGGUUUUCCUUGA